UUUUUUUCCUGCCUCGGUACGGGAGCCGAGCGGGGACCAGCUAGUUACGCAGCGGCCGUGGGUCUCCACCCGAGAGUAUGGCGGGUGGGAUUGCACAGGAAAGCGAGGGUGAAGCGGAGACAUGCCGGAGAUGGUGAAAAAGAAACAAAGAGAUGCAAGUUCUUUAAUAACGUGUGGAAAUUAGUUUAAGUUGGGGCUGUUUUCCUGAUGCGGCAUCCGACCCGAAAAACUGCGUCUGCAGUUCAUUGUAGGGGCUAAUAUAGCCAGCGUUUGACCAGUGUCCUCCAUGGAGCAAGUUUGUUUUUUUCUGAUGCAGAGUGAGGGGUGAGCUAAGCAGAUGAAAACCCGCAGGCUCCACAUCAUCGGGCGAUAUUUCCUUCUUCCCAGGGCACAUUUUUGGACAAUUGCAGUCAUCGGAUGCCCGUGUAUCUGUCAGUGUCUGGCCUGCAUGGGGGAAUUUCUACAAUGAAAUCCAUCUUGGGGCACCGAGUCUUUGUGCUCUGCCAUAGCUGAGCAGCAGCGAGCAAGACUGUGUUAUUGACAACCCGUUCAAAAUGGGACACGAAUGGUGAAUGUAAUUCGUACGGGAACAUUUUGGAGUUCAUUUCAAUGACGCGCGGAGAUUUGAUAACGUUGCCGUACGACUUGAUUUAAUCCACGAUGCGCGAGUAUAAAGUGGUGGUCCUGGGCAGCGGUGGAGUCGGGAAAUCCGCCCUCACUGUGCAGUUUGUUACCGGGACGUUCAUUGAGAAGUACGACCCCACUAUUGAGGAUUUUUACCGCAAGGAGAUCGAGGUGGACUCCUCACCCUCGGUUCUGGAGAUCCUUGACACCGCUGGUACGGAGCAGUUCGCGUCCAUGCGGGACCUUUACAUCAAAAACGGUCAAGGAUUCAUUCUGGUCUAUAGCCUUGUCAACCAGCAAAGCUUCCAGGACAUCAAGCCGAUGAGGGAUCAGAUCAUAAGAGUGAAAAGGUACGAGAAGGUUCCUGUGAUCCUGGUGGGGAACAAAGUGGACCUGGAAAGCGAGAGGGAGGUAUCGUCCAGCGAAGGUCAGGCCUUGGCCGAGGAGUGGGGCUGCCCGUUCAUGGAGACGUCAGCCAAGAGCAAAACCAUGGUAGACGAACUGUUCGCUGAGAUCGUUCGGCAGAUGGACUACGCCGCCCAGCCGGACAAGGAUGACCCCUGCUGCUCCUCUUGCAAUAUACAAUAGCCCCGGGGGCCUCGAGCAACAGGCCAGACAAAAAGUCUACUUAGAUGAAGCUACUUUGACCCGCAGCAGAGAGACACACGCUUAGACACACACACGCCAACUAAACAGAAGAAAAAUUCAUGGUUGAACGCAAUGGAUUUUACUCCACAGAGCAUAAAAUCCGCAGUGACAUGAUUAUUAAUAACAACAUGUUAGUAAUGAAUACAUUUUGAAUGAGGAAUGCUUGGAAUUUGCCACGAGAGAAAUUGACAAAUGACAAAAAAGGAACAAGCCCUUGCCUUAUGUUACUCCCUUCUGUUUGGGUUUGUUUUGAUCUUUUUAAGUAUGGGGGGGGGAAUCAUCAGCAUACAGUGACAGAUCAGGAUCUUUACUCUUUAGGUUGUUCUA